AUUUAUUUAAUGAGCUGGUCGUAGCGAAAGCGUUGGAAUUCCCGAGCUGCAAUAGCAAUACAGUUUGCGAGAAUGUUGUUACGCGGAAGAUUGUGUGUGAUAGUUUUUAUAGUGUUAAUAUGCAAUCAUGUCGUACGGUCGGAAGAGAAAGCUCACAAUAAAUAUUCCAAACACGCCAAUGCACUGCCAGAUACCGAAAUAUACGAGCCGGACUUCCGAAACAUCCAGCGACCAUUCCGCAUGGCGAAACUAAACCUUGUCUGGACGAAGGCACAGCACCGGCUUACCGAACCGAAACUGAAGUCGCUGUACACUGAACUGAAGCUACACGAUAAGGAAGAAAUUACGUACAAGCAGCUGAAGGAGAAAGAUAAGGAUGGACUGAAGGAAGCUGAGCUGCGCAACAAGCUGGUUAGGAUAAUGAGCACCUACGGUUUGCUGGAACAUUUCGACGAUACUCAGGAUCCGGAAAAGUACAAAAUGUACAAAUCCAAUGAUGGAGGUACCAAGAAAGAUGCGUACAAAAACAAGAGUCUCUUCAAGGAUAAGAAACUAAACAAACUGUGGGACAAGGCGGAAGCGGCCGGUUUCACGACGGAAGAACUUGACGCGCUGCGCGAAGAGUUCGACCAUCAUCAGGCUAAGAUCGAUGUGUAUUACAGUCUGCUGGAGCGACUGGGUGAUGAGGCAGACGAACAGGCAGGAAAUGCCGAGGCGCACCUAAACGCGAUCAACGAAGACGAGCAUGAUCGAUACAAUGAGGUGGACCGUGCAGAGGAAGGUGAUCGCUCGCAGCAAGGCGCCAACAAACAGCACGCAUAUCUACAUAAAUCCAACCAGUUGCGUGAAAAACAUCGUGAAAUACGGGACAAUUUCGAUAGGCUAGAUCGGAUCGCUUCCAAAGGGCCAAACAGCCAGGACUUUGUCGAACCCAAGGUGCAGGGCUUAUGGAGGGUGGCGCUAGCGAGCGACUUUAGUGCGGAUGAGCUGGCCUCGCUGAAGGUGGAAUUGUUGCAUUACGAAAGCCGUCUGCUCAAGCUGCGCCAUAUGCAUGCAGAGCAUGCGCUUAGCCUGGAGAAGCAUAAACAGAGCGAUGCCAAAGCGGAUACGCACAAGCUGAUGGAAGAUAACAUAAAGAAGCAAACGCGCAAAGUGGAGAAAAUUCAGGAGGAAGUUGAAAGACGAAUCUUUAAACACUCAGAACUGUGAGAGAGUCCGGCAACACAGAGCAUGAUCUACUCUGGGGUGUCCAUUGAAUCGCCUCUUAUUCAUUUUUCAUAAACCAUCAAAAAUGCACACACACGGGUUUUGUAAAUUGCCAAGCGAAUAUUCUCUUUUAAGUAUAAGAAGUAAAAACGAGAUUCAAAUUUAACAAAAUAGCACAUUCUAAUAUUGAGGAGCAUACAACUUUUAAGAAAAAUAAAAAUGUAAUAAAAAUCAACUAGGAGACGGAGAUUCUCUUUCUACAGGUUCAUGCAAAAUUUGUGACGCGAAAAAUAAAAUCACAGUAGCGAACCGUUUAAA